ACUCCACUAACUUUAUUUAAAUAGUCCCUUCCAUUUCCUAAAACUCAAUGCAUUUUCUCCUUCCUCAACUUUUCUUUAAAACCAAACUUUCCAUACAAUCAAACACAUUUUUCUUUUCAUUUUCCUUCACUUUGCAUUCUUUUUUCUUGCACACAAAUUAUACUAAUUUCAUGGCAACGAAGCUUUUAGCUUUGGCUUGCAUCCGCAAUGAUCGACACAGCAAUUAUGAGGACAUAUCACCGAGAGCACGUUACCCUUCCAUGCCUAAGUACCCUAAAGGUGUCUCAGUGCAAGAAAGUUCAGCUGAGGCUCAUAAAGCUGUGUUUUCCGUCGUCGGAAUGACGUGUUCUGCUUGCGCUGCUUCCGUCGAAAAAGCUGUUAAACGCCUUUCGGGUAUUCAACAAGCCGCUGUUGAUGUUUUAAAUAAUCGGGCACAAGUUAUCUUCUACCCAACUUUCAUUAACGCAGAAACGAUUCGAGAGACGAUUCAGGAUGCUGGAUUUGAUGCUACAAUCCUUGAAGAUGAAACUAUGGAUAAAUCUAAUCAAGUAUGCCGACUUCGAAUCGUUGGAAUGUCAUGCACUUCUUGCUCCUCCACAGUUGAGAAAGCUCUUGAAUCAAUUCAAGGUGUACAAAAAGCACAAGUUGCCUUAGCAACAGAAGAAGCAGAAGUUCAGUAUGACCCUUCUAUCUUGAUCAGCUGCAAUAAGCUCAUAGAAGCCAUUGAUGACAUAGGAUUUGAAGCCAUAAUUAUCAGUACUGGUGAUGACAUGGACAAGAUUCAGCUUAAAGUUGAAGGUAUUAAGACAUUCAAUUCUAUGCAACUCAUCGAAAAGUCUCUUCAAGAACUUCCUGGUGUUGUCACUACAGACAUGGACUUUGAACUUAGUAGAAUUACAGUUUCUUACAAACCUGAAAUGACUGGUCCUAGAACUUUUAUCAAGCUGAUUGAAUCGACAGGGACCGGACGAUUUCAGGCAAUUAUAUUUCCUGACGGAUCAGGAGCAAGAAACAGUACUCAUAGAAAUGAAGAAAUUAAGCAAUAUCAUAGAUCUUUCUUAUGGAGUUUGGUUUUCACAGUUCCUGUUUUUUUAACAUCAAUGGUUUUUAUGUACAUUCCUGGUAUUAAACACGGAUUAGAUACUAAAAUUGUUAACAUGUUAACUUUAGGAGCAAUUCUGAGAUGGGUUUUAUCUACUCCUGUACAGUUCAUCAUCGGUCGACGAUUCUACACAGGAGCUUACAAAUCAUUGAGGCAUGGUUCUGCUAAUAUGGAUGUGUUGAUUGCCUUAGGAACAAAUGCAGCCUAUUUCUACUCGGUUUAUUCCGUGUUAAGAUCAGCGAAUUCUGAUGAAUUCAUGGGGACGGAUUUUUUCGAGACGAGUUCAAUGCUUAUAUCUUUUAUUCUUCUUGGGAAGUAUUUGGAGGUUUUGGCUAAAGGAAAAACUUCUGAUGCUAUAGCUAAGCUUAUGGACUUAGCACCUGAGACAGCAACAUUGCUGACACUAUCUGAUGAAGGAAAUGUGGUUGGUGAAGAGGAAAUAGAUAGCAGAUUGAUACAGAAGAAUGAUGUGAUUAAGAUCAUUCCGGGUGCAAAAGUAGCUUCUGAUGGUUUUGUUAUAUGGGGACAGAGUCAUGUUAACGAAAGUAUGAUAACCGGAGAGGCUAGGCCCGUAGCGAAGCGGAAAGGUGAUCCAGUGAUUGGAGGUAGUGUGAAUGAGAAUGGGGUGUUGCAUAUUAAGGCGACACGAGUUGGUUCGGAGAGUGCUCUUUCGCAGAUUGUUCGUCUUGUUGAGUCUGCUCAGAUGGCUAAAGCUCCUGUUCAGAAGUUUGCUGAUAGGAUUUCUAAGUACUUUGUACCUCUGGUUAUCUUUCUUUCAUUCUCAACUUUUGUUGCCUGGUUUUUAGCUGGAAAAUUUCAUGGAUAUCCAGAAUCUUGGAUUCCAAGUUCCAUGGACAGCUUUCAGCUUGCACUCCAAUUCGGAAUAUCUGUUAUGGUCAUAGCCUGUCCUUGUGCUCUUGGAUUAGCAACUCCUACUGCGGUCAUGGUCGGUACUGGAGUUGGUGCAUCUCAGGGUGUGCUAAUCAAAGGCGGUCAAGCAUUAGAAAGUGCUCACAAGGUGAAUUGCAUAGUUUUCGACAAGACAGGAACUCUUACAAUCGGAAAGCCUGUAGUUGUCACCACAAAACUCUUCAAAACUAUGGUUCUGAGAAAUUUUUACGAACUUAUCGCUGCAGCUGAAGUAAACAGUGAGCAUCCUUUAGGCAAAGCCAUUGUAGAGUAUGCCAAGAAGUUCAGACAAGAUGAAGACAAUCCUGUCUGGCCGGAAGCACGAGAUUUCACCUCGAUUACCGGCCAUGGAGUAAAAGCUAAUGUUCAUAAUAAGGAAAUAAUUGUCGGAAACAGAAGCUUAAUGUUCGAAUACGACAUUCUCAUUCCGGCUGAUGCUGAAGAAAUGCUAGCAGAAGCUGAAGGAAUGGCACAAACGGGGAUUUUGAUAGCAAUGGAUAAGGAAGUAGUUGGAGUUAUAGCCAUAUCUGAUCCUCUAAAACCAGGUGCACGUGAAGUCAUUUCCAUUCUGAAAUCUAUGAAAGUUCGAAGUUUAAUGGUGACUGGUGAUAAUUGGGGAACUGCGAAUUCUAUUGCCAGGGAAGUCGGAAUCGAGUCUGUUAUCGCAGAAGCUAAGCCUGAACAAAAAGCAGAAAAAGUAAAAGAAUUACAGGCUUCAGGCUGUGUAGUGGCAAUGGUAGGUGAUGGUAUAAACGAUUCGCCGGCGCUGGUAGCAGCGGAUGUCGGAAUGGCAAUCGGUGCAGGCACGGACAUAGCAAUAGAGGCAGCUGACAUAGUUCUGAUGAAAAGUAACCUGGAGGAUGUGAUCACUGCUAUAGACCUUUCGAGGAAGACAUUUUCUCGUAUCCGUCUGAACUACAUUUGGGCUCUGGGCUAUAACCUGUUAGGCAUUCCCAUAGCUGCCGGAGCACUAUUUCCUGGUACAGGAUUUCGUUUACCGCCAUGGAUUGCUGGAGCUGCAAUGGCUGCCUCUUCACUCAGUGUGGUUGUGUGCUCUCUGCUGUUGAAAUACUACGAGAGACCCGAAAUUCUGGAAAACCUUGAAAUUCACGAAAUCAAGAUCGAAUGAUCUAUCAAUUUAUGUUUAUGGAAGUUGUACAUAUCUAUCUAUGUAUGUAUAAAUAAAAUUCACUUGCUAAUUUUGAGGUUUGACAGUGUA